GAAGUUUGCGCAUUUCAUGGAAGCGUGAUUUAGGUAAUUUGUUGUAAGUGGGUAUUUCAUCGAGGAAAAUAAAUACUUCUGUAGGUACUACUGUACAAGUAUUGCUGCACUUUGACGGGUGGGCCAAGAUAUCACGACCUCCCUAUUAAUGGAAUUCCGAGAAUAAUCGAGUGUUGACAAGGCGUUCACAGUAUAACAUCAUUUAAAAUGCUUUCGACUUCCAUAUGCUUGCAAGAUACAAACAAAUCCCAAACAGGUCAUUUUCAGUUUAGGUCGGGGUUUAACAAAAUGUUUGUUCACCUCCAUCCACUUUCAUACACACUCGAUGAUUCGCGAAAUUCUAUUUAUAGUUUGAUAAGAACUCGUUCACUACCCAUCAAAGAGAAAGUAACACUUGUACUGUCUUUCUGUUAAGAUGCUUAGCAUUUUUAUCAGUUUUUAAUUGGUUCAAUUAAGGACAUUAAUUUCUAUACAUUGAAUUGCGACCGACCUCUUUGGAAUUUAGUAACUGCCACUUCUACUAGGUCUCCUUUGUUUUGUUUAUCACCAAAGUAACCGAUUCCAAUGAAUUACUUGAAAGCUUUAUUUGAACCCCGCAACCGUUCACUUGUGACAGCUCCUUUUAAACACUUUUCAACCUCUGAUUCUUCUGGUUUUUGUCAUGUACCUGAAGAGUCUGUUUUUAUCUUGAAGUUACCGAAAGGGCAUGCUGAAGUAAAGUAUUGUAAAGAAAAUGGUGUACUGAAUCUAAUGCAUACCAAUGUUCCAGAGAGUUAUAAAGGUCAAGGCAUUGGAAAGCGAUUAGCUAAGGAUGUUUUGGAGUACUGCUUAGAAAAUAACAUCAAAGUUAAAUUGACUUGUGAUUUCCUAGUAGAGUUCAGUAAAAAGAAUCAACAAUUCAAUAAUAUUAUUAUUCCCCACAAUUGAACUGCAAAGAUGGAGGUGAUGGCCGUACAUUAUUUAUUUCGUCGGCGUUUGUACGGUAGUGUUUUAACAGUUAGAAGCUCAUCCGUAGACCCACAGGUGACACUCGUUGAAGGGAUAGCUCUCGUCAAGCUCAAUAGGGUUUCAGAAGCUCUGGCAUUGCUUGAGCCGUUGCUGAACCAGCUAAGCGCCGUCAGGGCCACACUUCUUCUUAUGCUAUUUGCCCAUAAUAGUUGUCAAGUAGUGGAUCGUGAAGCAGUGGAAAGGAUUGAGGCUCGUCUGAAACAAGAGCAGAGUCGCACUAACAUGAAUGAUCCAUUACUUGAGGCGCUUGUACACUACCUUUGUGGUGAGGAAGAACUCGCUCAGCAUGAGGUAGAGCAGUUCUUACAGGCCAAUCAAAAGUCUUCACGAGGGUUGGCGCUGCUUGGUUGGCUUGAGCUUAAUGCCAAGAAGACUAGAACAGCCCUCAGGCAUUUCCAGCAAGCUGUACAGAUGGAUAAGGAGAAUGGUGAUGCACUAAUGGGAGAGGUAAAAUCUCUUGGGACAUCGGAAGCUCUAUCCAAGGUGAACACACUCGUGGUCAGGUAUCCAAAGUGUGUCAUUCCUCUCAUGGAGAAGAUGCAACUACAGCUUGAAGAAAAGAUGUGGCAAGAGAUGACGGACACAUCUGUGAGGGCGAUGGGCCUUGAGCAGCACAAUAUACUAGCGCUGGAGUUUACAGUGCUUAAAAGUGUAAUAGAAGGGAAAUAUGAAGAAAGCAUUCCAAUUUUGCGAAAACUUCGAUUGGAGAUAGAGAAUCAAGAACCUAAAGCAUGGUGGCUCUAUAUGGAAAUAUUUUCUAUGGUAUCCAGAUGUUGCGGCAGAAACCAAGAGAUCCUUAAUGUGCUGGAGGAUUAUGUGGAAGCGGCUUUGAAAUGGGGUGCUACAGAAGGUUUAUUGUAUUCUGAAGCUUCUCGCCUGUUACUAAUGUGUGGCAAGAAAAGAGAAGCCGAGUCGUCGGCAAACAAUGCUUGUAAGCUGGAGCCAUCUGCUUCCCUCCAUCUUGCUCGUCUAACUGCAGCGCAUCUCGCUAUAGCAGGCCUAAAUCAGCAAACGAGACAGGAGAUUGAAUUCUUGCAAGUUGUUGGAGGGCAGGAUAGAAUUGAACCUGAGCUUUGCCUCCUGUUGGCAAUGGUAUCUUCCUCUGAAGAGGACGCGCUGGAGCUUCUCGAUGGGGCAGUAGCCGCCUUGCAAGCUAAAUCUUCUCUUCACAAAUUUGGACCUAGUCACCUCAUCGCUCUGGAUCCUGACCUGUUGGUCCAGAUAGCCAUGGCCUAUCCUGAUACUGAGAUCGGCAUCAAAAGAAGAGCAAGGACUUUGACACUUGUUAGAGAAGUGUGUCCUGGGCUGAUGGAAGCUCGCUUAGAUCUCGUACGCUGCCAUCUUAGACUUCGGUCAUUUAAUGAGGCUGCAUCUGCCCUAGAAGGCGUUCAGCAUCCAUCAGUUGCGUUACUUGCUGCAGAGAUUCACCUUCAGUUAGGUGAGACAGAGAAGGCCGCUUCUCGACUCGAGUUGGGAUUGAGCGAGAAUUUAUCUUUGAAGGAGAUGCCCGGUUUCCACUUUAUAAGUGGCCUCAUUGCUAUGGCUCGUAAUGAUUACAUUUCAGCUAUUGGAUGUAUGAAGCAAGCUCUUGUUUUGAAUAAGGGAACGCAUAAACUAAGUGAUAAAGAAUUGGGUAUGGUUUACACCGAGCUUUCCUCUGCUUAUAUGAAACAGGGUGAAACAGAUAAAGCUGAAGCUGCUCUUCAUGAAGCACAUGAACUGUUAAAAAAUACAGAUGAAGAAGGUAAGCUAAAAAUCCAAAAGGCACAUUUAUUAGCUGUGCAGGGAAGUGCAAGAGCUGCUAUACAGGAACUGUCUCAUACUUCUCCUGGCCACCCCUACUUUGUCCAGAAUGAGAUGAAGAAAGCUGAAAUAUAUUUAAAAUUUUUGAAAGAUGAGCGUGGUUAUAGAGAUUGUUAUCAAAGAUUAGUCGAUUCCGAUCCCACUCCAGAGAACUUAGUCCUUCUGGGGGAUGCUUACCUAGCUAUUCAGGAACCUGAUUUGGCUAUUAAAAGCUAUGAGAAAGCGAUGCAAAAUCUGACUGAAAAUGCCAAAUUGAUGUGCAAGCUGGCCAGGGUUCUGGUCAAAUGUCAUCAGUAUAACAAAGCCAUCAAGUCCUACAGGAGUGCUGAGCUACUCCUUCGUCUUGGGCAACUCGACCAAGCCUCGGAGGUAGCUCAAGAACUGCCGACAACCAAGAGAGCUCUUCUUCAAGCAAAAGUUGAGGAAAAGAAGGGUAAAGUUGACAAAGCACUCAAGACUCUUGUUGAUGCACAAGCAGAAUUACUCAGGGAAAACGAAUGUGAUAUAGGGCAGUUGUUUCAUCAGAUGGGAAGCUACGCUACUUCAACUGCAGAUUAUCAAGCUGGGAUCGACUACUUCAAGAAGUCAUUGGCGUACAGGCCAGGCUCAAUCCGCACUCAAGUAGCUCUUGCCAAGCUCUACAUGCAGGUUAACAGGCGCAGUGCUUGCAUAGAGCAGUCAUGGCCAUACAUCGAAGCUGCAAGAAGUGUUUCCCCGAACCAUCCAGCCCUCCAUUACUGCACAGGACUAUACUACCUUUACUGCGGCGAAAAGCAGAAGGGACUCGAGGAGUUGAACAUGGCUCGUGGUGAUGUCGAGUGGGGCCGUCAGGCAACGCAUGACAUGGUUGAAGCUUACCUGGCGAGUGGGCAAGCUGUGGCUGCUGAGCGGCUCCUUGCAGAUAUUGAACCUAGCAGUCCUGACGAGGAAGGGCGCUUACUUCUUUUGUCAUCAUUGGUGCGCCUCGCUCUGCAAGAUAGGACCGAGAUAGACCGUGCCAUUUCUGAUCUCACUCAUUUGGCUACUCUAGAGCAAUACAGAGUGGGUGCCACACUUGGGCUCGGCCAGUGCUAUUUUGGCCAGAAGCAGUAUAACAGAGCAAAGGUCCUUUUGAAGCAAGUUGCCAGGACACCUUGGACAAUGGAAGAGGCUGAAUACCUAGAAAGGCUGUGGCUCUUAUUGGCUGAACUGCACAUUACCAACGGAAACAGUGACCUUGCUUCGGAACUCUUAAACAAAGUUCUUUUGCACAAUCAGUCCUCGGCCAAGGCCUACGAGCUGUUGGGGUUGGUAGCAGAGAAAGAACAAAAGUACCAGGAAGCCAGCUUAAACUACAAGCGAGCGUGGGAUCUGAGUAACGGAUCCGAUCCUGCCCUUGGCUACAAACUCAGUUACAAUUUGCUCAAGAACAAGCAGUUUGCCGAGUCAGUAGCCAUCUGCCAAAAGGUUUUGGCUUCCAGUCCGGAGUAUCCCAAAAUAAAGAAGGAAAUUUUAGAGAAGGCUUUGAAGAAGCUGCGAAUUUGAAGUCCUCAUUCAUUUGUUUCAAAACUUUAUAUUUUAAUGUAAAGAUGAGAGAUUUUAUUCUGUUUUAGAAUAUGAUAUGUUAUCUGAUUCUGUUUGUUAUAUCAAUAGAUAUAUAGAUAGAACUGUCUUAGAUCAAGUUUAGCGUAUAUUAGAGAAAUAGUGUCUAGUGUUGAUAAUUCUGUUCCUUUGUUAAACAGUAUUUUGUUAUGCUAGUGAUUGAUUCAUUUUUUCUAAUUUGUCUCUCAAAUUUGCUUAACACAAAAAUUUAGUGUUAAUAAACUAAGUAUUAAAAUAGGAUGCCUAUUUAUAAUGUUAUGAUUUUUUUUAGUCUGUGAUGUUCAACUUAUCCGUCCAAUUCAUUGUUAUGAUAAUAUUUUAGUUUUUAAUGCUAUAUUUUUUAAUACAAAUUAUUAAACAAA